AUGCCUCGCACAAGGAACUUGGAACGAAUUCCGAAAGCCACCAAGGAUCUGCUAGAGAGGAGAAGAACACUGAGGCCGGAUCCGACUGCAACACAUCUGGAGCGACUGACAGGACUCGCACAACUUCCUGACAAAGAUGGAACCUAUCACCACGCUCUUCAACACCCGUGUCAAACCCCGUUAUUCUCACUGGAGAAACCACUACGUCUUCCUGCUGAAGUACGCGCCACGAUCCAGACCAUGAAGGCAGCUACGGCUUUGGGACCGGAAGAAGUCCAACCUGUAGCACAAGCUGGAUAUCGCCAGGGAUUCACCUGCGUGGAUCACAUCCAUACAGAUAAUCGAGGUUUGCCAAGAGUACCCGUCGAGACUAAUACCAUACUGUCGGCGCUCGUCGAUCGAGAGGUUUACCCAUCUUACGUGAGGACUUGGCCAACUGCUGCAGGAACUGCUCUUCAAGGUACAGCUUUUCCAUCGUUCCUUAACAUACCAAUCUCGAAGGGAGUUCGACAAGGCGACACCGUGACGCCAAAGCUGUUUACCGCCGCGUUGCAGUGGGUGGUGAAAUCACUGAAUGAACGAGAGAGUACAAGUUGA